AUGACCAGUGUGCUUAGACAAUCCUCCAACUCCGCGCUUUCAGGCCUUAACGGCCGGUCAGCUACAACAGCAGCAGCGCGGAUGGUCAAGACGUCCUCUGCAUCAGGGCUACCACUCCCACCAGCCAUGACCCGACGAGGCGAACUCUCAGCGUCAGCCUCGGCUUCAGCGAGCUGCUCUCAUCGUUGCGUGUGGGGCUCCUCAGGUGGCUACCAGGGCGUUUCAACCUCACGACGUGCCGCUGUAGAAUCCUCAGGUCGCAUCGUCGUCACCUCCAUGAAGCGUUCCAAACCCAUCAAUCCACCCAAGGAGACUCAGACCGUCACGGCGGUUCCAGAACUGUCUGUCUCAAAAGCCCCACAGAACAAACCAAGACGUCGCACCCUCCUCGCACGUCUCAAACCCACCCUCCUCGCUCCACUCCGUCCCACAUCGCGCCAGAACCAGAAACCCCGCGCCCCCACCGCACCCCGCCCAUCGCUCACCAGACGCAACGCAGAAACCGUCCGCGCACCCGUCCGCGCCGCCGUCUACUCCCGGUCAGACCCCUACUUUGGCCGUCUCCGCAAAUCCAAGCUUAAUCCAGGGGCAAGCCACCAGUCAAAAGUCGACAAGUUCUACACCCUAUCCCAAUUCAAACGGUGUCCCAACAUGGCUGAGACGUUGACUGGUGUCCGGGUUCGCGCGAUGAUGGGCGAGAGGUUUCCUGGUGGGGACGAGAAGUAUCGGGGUAUCAAGGAUGGAUUGGGUGUUCCUGAGCUUAACCUGCUUGAGAUACAGUUCAUGCAGCAUAACGCCCUGCCGGUGUUGCUCAAUGCUCGACUGAUGGAGGUGUAA